GGGGUUGGGUUCAGACAUUAGAUGGUUUUAAUAUCUUUUACAUCUCUCUCAUAGCAGCAGAAAGAAUUGAAUUUGAUUGCAGUCUUUGAUCUUUGCAGAACUGGGUGUUUAUAUGAUAAUUUUGUGGAAUUUUCCUUUUUCCUUAGAAAGGGAGGAGGAAGUUUGGGUUCAACAUUUCUGAUUGGUUCCAUAAUUAUAUUCAUAAUUGGAAUCUAAUUGGCUAAUUCUUUCAAAUUUGGCUAGUAUAUAAUAAUAUUAUUGACAAAUUUGACAAAUGAUUUCUAUCUUGGUAACAUGGGGUUGAACCUAUUGGAUUAUGUGUAUGUGUUCGUGAUUGCAGACUAUUUUGUCUUCUGUUUUUGCAUGAAUUGUGUAGAAAUCAAAAUAGGUGGCCUGAAGCCGGAUGAUGCCCUUGUGUUGAAUAGUUGUAGUCUUUUUCAUGUUUGAGGAGAAAGAUAAGUAUAGAGUAGAGCAACUGUUUUAGCACUAGUGAAUUUCAUGUUUUUUGGUUUUCUGUACCUUUCUUUUGGUGUCUAUUAAGAGACGAAGUUCUUUGUUAUUGAUUUUAUUAUAUGCUGUGAAUAGAUUAUAUUCAAAUCACUCUCACUUUCUGGAAAAAUAAUUGUUUUCACACAAUCUAGAGUUUGUGAGUUGUAUCAAAUUAUUUAUAGGUGAUAAAAGAAAACAACUGCUGUGCAAUUAAUAUCAGAAGCUAGUUCUAUGACCAUGCUGAGCAGCAUUUAUGUACAGCAUAUCUUUCUAUACAUAUGAGCAGCAUACCUUGAAAUGGCCUCAUUUAAAAAUUGACUUGAAGCUAAAGCUUGAUUUGCUGUGGACAUCCUACUUCUUUAUCCCAGCUAGGUUGACAAAUGGCAACAGGGUGGGUGGUCCUGGACUGAGUAAGGUUAUCUUCAAUUUGAAGGACUUCCGCCAAGUCUAUCCACGUCUUUCCACAUCCUCUUCUGAACAAUAG